CUCCAUGAUCACAUGACCACAACAUUGUGGGUUCACGUGUUCAGUCAUGUGACAUCUACUGACUUUCCCAAAAACUGGUGAAGCGGAGCUGAUACGGUCAGUGGCUGCCUGAAGCUCCCCAUUGUUACGGCAAAACCAUCAGGAUCGAUACAGAAUGUGGACCCUCUGCUUGCUCUGCUUGCUGUCGGUCCAGCGCGUUGUCUGGGCUGAACCACACCUUCUUCCAUUGUCAGAGGAGAUGAUGAACUAUAUCAACAAGGCCAACACGACAUGGAAGGCUGGCCCCAACUUCCAGAAUGUUGACUACAGUUAUGUGAAGGGCCUGUGCGGAACGUAUAUGGAUGGCCCCACGCUACCAGUUUUGGAAGAACAUGCUGAAGACAUAAAGCUGCCUGACAACUUUGACGCCCGGGAGCAAUGGCCAAACUGCCCCACUAUCAAGGAGAUCCGAGACCAAGGAUCGUGUGGUUCCUGCUGGGCCUUCGGGGCAGUGGAGGCUAUCUCCGACAGAGUGUGCAUCCACAGUAAUGGCAACGUGAGCAUAGACAUCUCUGCUCAGGACCUGCUGAGCUGCUGCCACAUCUGCGGAUUUGGGUGCCAUGGGGGAUAUCCUGCUGCAGCCUGGUACUAUUGGCGGAAACGAGGUUUGGUGACUGGAGGACUGUAUGAUUCACAUAUAGGUUGCCAGCCCUACACCAUCCCCCCAUGUGAGCAUCAUGUGAGUGGCUCGCGGCCGCAGUGUAAAUCUUUGGAACAUACACCCCGCUGCAAAUCCCAGUGUGAAGCUGAAUACAAGACUUCCUACAAAGCAGAUAAACAUUAUGGAAUGAGCGCAUACCGUGUCCGAUCUAAAGAGCAAGCUAUAAUGGCAGAGGUUUAUAAAAACGGUCCAGUGGAGGGUGCCUUAACUGUCUUUGCGGACUUCCUUCUGUACAAGACUGGUGUAUAUCAGCAUGUACAUGGUUUUCCAGUAGGAGGUCAUGCCAUCAAGAUUUUGGGCUGGGGUACAGAAAAUGGCACCCCCUACUGGUUGGGUGCUAAUUCUUGGAAUACUGACUGGGGUGACAAUGGAUUCUUCAAAAUUUUAAGAGGAAAGAAUCACUGUGGGAUUGAGUCGCAGAUUUAUGCUGGAAUUCCCAAAAAUUAGAAGCGUAUCAUAGCUGUAUUAAGAUGUUCAGUAUGGUUUUAAAAAUGUUACGUCUGGGGGAAAAAGGUCACUACGUUUUUUGGUUUUAACAUGUAGUACAUGUUCUGAUAGCUUGUUGCUGUUCAUUGAUAAGUCUAUUGAUUUUUAAGGUCAAAGUGUCAAAAAACACAGCUGAUAUAAUUAUAUACAAUGUCUCUGCAAUGGGAAAUACCUUUUUAAUGAUUUUAUUACUGUCCUUUCAUACAAGCAGUAAUAACUAUUUGUGUACCAUAUAAGUAUCAAAUUUUACUUUAUUUAUCUCAGGGGAAGUUCUAUUUUUAAGCUUAUGGAAGUAAUAAGAUUAGUUUAAAUUAGUAAAAAUUCAUACAGAUUAUUUAAAUUUUCUCUACAUGAAUUUUCUGUAUAUUUGGAUAUCAUCUGAAAUGUAUAUUAAAUCAACCUAAAAUAUCCUUUUGAAACAAAAUAGAGAUGUCAGAAUGUAAAUUGUGCAUAUUUCUAAACUUGAUGAAAAUACUGGCAAUCGCUGAAUUAUAAACUUAAUAUGUUUUGGCUACAGAAGUAAUCUAAACUAUAAGAUAGAUUGUUAAAAAAAUAUUGCCGAAGUAAUCUAUAAUGUAGAUACUUAAAAAAUAUAUACAUAUCUUCUUGCCAGUGAGAUUCUGUGGUCUUUGUUUAGCUGAGACUGAAAUGUGAAGAUGUCUUUUUUUAGCAAUAGCGACCGAGAGUUGCUGUUGUUUUGUCCUUUGUUAUAUCUAAAGUGGCUGUUAUGUAUUUUUAUUUUGAUAGCCCAGCCUGCUGUAUAACAAAGGUAUUAAUAAACAUCCCAUUUCAUCUCCCCA